AUGCCACCAGGAGUGCACUACGAGGCUGCCGGCGGAGGCGACGGUGGUCCUCCUCCUCCUCAAGGACCACCACCACCGGGCCAUAAUAACGACUACGCGUACGGCGUCUCGACCACGACAAACUUUAACAACGCAGGCGCCGCCAAUGUUGGACUCGGUCGCAAACAAACCACACUCGGCCGUGCACCCACUCGACGCAUCGUACCCGGCGGCGCAAACGGCAUUGCCAAUGCGGGCCAGAAUAUCCAGCGUGGCCGCACGCUGAUCCGACCUGAGCGGUAUCAGGAACCACCACCGUUAUUAACGGGCAAGAGCGAAAAGUCCCGCAGUGCAUUUGAUCCGUGGGUCUUGUUCUCGAGAAUCGUCACGUUCUGGGCCUUGCCUUCCAUGCUCAAGGCAUGCAAGAUGCCCGACAAGAGCAUGCAGCAAGCCUGGCGCGAGAAAAUCGCCUUGUGUUUUAUUAUUGCGUGCAUGGGUGGUAUCGUCGCUUUCAUCGUUGUCGGUCUUGCUCGAGUCUUGUGCCCCCCCGAAUCAUCCAACAACAUGGGAAACUUUGCUGCGUAUAACGAUACCGCAAGCACUAGCUUGCUGGGCAUCAACGGAUGGCAGUUUAACAUAUCGACUGCAGAAGCUACUGGCAGCGUCAACCUUUACGACUACGCCUCGGUACCUGGCACGGAUAUCACCAACUAUUUCACCCAUGGAGCCUCUAUACCAUCCUGUCUAGACACUGGCAACCCUACCACCAACGCCUUCACCGCUGUCACCUUUGACCCAUGCACUGCAGCCAACGGCAACGGCGGCUGCUCACUGGGCACAAUGGACCAAACCACCUUUGACACCUUGAGCAUCACCAACACCUCGCGCAAAGUCGGCUACGACUGGAACUUUUUGGCCAGUUCGAACUUGACCAACUAUUUCGUCUUGGACGGCAAUGUGCUCAACAUGGGCCCGUACAUGGCAGCCAACCCAACUGCCCUUGCCGGCGACCCUCUCGAUGAACUCAUCCGCGAUGUUCUCAAUCAGUCGUAUGCCGAAGGUGGUCGCGAUGCCACCAAAAUGUUCCAACACCGAAGCGAAUACGAAGCAGCCAUGGGCUGUAUGAAAGAAAAGUACCGUGCUGGCUUUAUUGACAAGGACACGCCCGGCUGUUUCGCCUCGCAACUUGUCUUGUUCUUCGCCCUGGGCUCUGUGCUUGCGGUCGUUCUUGUUCGAUUCGGUAUGGCGCUGAUCUUCGCCUGGUUUAUUUCCCGCCGCUUGUCCAAGACUCCGCCUCCCCUUCCCAGUUCCGCAGCUGUGGUGCAUCCAAACAACACGAUGGAAAUGUCCAGUAUCAAGAGCUCGCCCGGCGCCAUUGGAGGACCUAUCGCCGGUGCUGUGCGCAAGAACAUUGAGGUGGGCAACGAUCUGUAUUCCGUUGUGCUGGUCACCUGCUAUUCCGAAAACACAGAAGGUAUUCGUGCCACCGUCGAGUCGUUGUCUGCAACAGACUAUCCCGACGAUCGCAAGCUCUUGUUUUUGAUUGCCGACGGUAUCAUCACUGGCCACGGUGAAACGAUGACCACGCCUGACAUGUGCUUGAGCUUAAUGACCUUUGACGACGAGUCCAUGAAGAACCCCGAGCCCAAAUCCUACAUUGCUGUUGCCAACGGCGCAAAGAUGCACAACAUGGCCAAGGUCUAUGCUGGCUAUUAUGUGUGCAAAGGCCACAAGGUGCCUAUGAUUCUCGUUGUCAAAUGCGGUGGUCCAGAAGAACAGGGCAAACCCAAGCCUGGUAACCGUGGCAAGCGUGACUCGCAGCUUAUCCUGAUGAACUUCUUCAGCCGCGUCACCUACAAUGACCGUAUGACGCCUCUCGACUACGACUUGUUCCAGAAGAUCACGUACUUGAUGGGAGCCACACCCGAUUAUUUCGAGUUGUGUUUGAUGGUGGAUGCUGAUACAAAGGUUUAUGAGACGUCGAUGCGGUUGCUGGUCAACUGUAUGGUCAACGACAACUUGAUCAUGGGUCUCUGUGGCGAAACCAAGAUCGCCAACAAGCGCGAUUCAUGGGUGACCGCAAUCCAGGUGUACGAGUACUUCAUUUCCCAUCAUCUGGCCAAAGGUUUCGAAGCCGUCUUUGGUGGUGUCACAUGUUUGCCUGGCUGUUUCUGUAUGUACCGAUUGAAGGCUCGCAAGGGUGAUGGCGACUGGGUGCCUAUCAUUACAAAGCCCGAGAUUGUCCAGGAAUACUCCUCCAACGUCAUUGAAACGCUCCAUCAGAAGAACUUGCUUCUUCUCGGUGAAGAUCGUUUCCUUACCACGCUCAUGCUUCGAAACUUCCCCUACCGCAAGAUGGUCUUUACUCCUCAAGCUAUCUGUAAAACAAUUGUCCCUGACGAAUUCAAGGUGUUGCUCUCGCAGCGUCGUCGUUGGAUCAACUCGACCAUCCACAACCUGUUUGAGCUUGUCCUUGUCCGAAACCUCUGCGGCACCUUCUGUUUCUCUAUGCAGUUUGUCGUCAUGAUGGAUUUGAUCGGUACACUGACCCUUCCUAUUGCCAUCUGUUUGACCGUGGUUAUGAUUGUUUCGAUCGCCAGUACGCAAAUCACCAGUUUCCAAAACGCCAUCCCGCUUUGUCUGCUGCUCAUUGUGCUGUUCUCGCCUGCCGUUCUGAUCGUGUUGACCACGCACAAAUGGGUCUACCUCGGCUGGAUGUUCGUGUAUCUGUUGGCUCUUCCUAUUUGGAACUUUGUCUUGCCCGUCUACUCCUUCUGGCACUUUGACGAUUUCUCGUGGGGUGAAACUCGUAAGGUUGAAGGCGAAGGCAAGGACGACCAUGCCAACAAGGACGGUGUAUUUGAUCCAUCCUCGGUGCCAUUGAAGCGUUGGGAGGAUUAUGAAAGAAAGCGUGUCCGCGCACACAAGCGCCGCGAGCGUAAGGAACGUCAAUUACGCGAAAUGGGUCCUGUCCACUUUAUGCAUUCUGUGGUACCGCCCGAUGAAGACGAAAGCAAGCGCGGAUUGUUGGCCGACCCUCAGUUUGAUGACGAUGCUUACAGCAGCCGUUCCGAUAUUUCUGGCCAAGAUGUACAUUACUUUGAUCCUUCCAAGGAAGCCCCCGCCAGAGCCGGUGCUGGAGGAUACUACCCGUCAUUCCGUCCUGACCAACCUGGUACCCCACCUGCUCCUCCAGGAAACUCUGCGCCUGGUCCAUGGGGCAACCAGCCUUCUUCAUCUCCCGGUCAGUACGUUGGUGCACGACCACCUCCACCAAGCAAUCAAGGAUCCUACCAAGGAUUCUAA